AUGCACAUUCCGCUUUCCGGGCGGAAUCCUGUCUUGAACGAGGUCCUGGGCAUCCGUCCACAUUUGUUACUGUUGAAUAAAAUGGAUUUGGCAGAUCUGACCCAUAAGUCGAGAAUUCUGGAGCUCUUGGAACAGCAAGGUGUGCAGCACGUUGUCUUCACCGACUGCUUAACAGACGAAAAUAUAAGGAAGCUUAUUCCCAUUCUCACGGGACUGAUCAAAAACAGCCAGCGUUAUCUGAGGGCAGAGAAUGUGGAUAACAACAUCAUGGUAAUCGGUGUGCCAAAUGUGGGGAAAUCCUCAAUCAUCAAUUCACUGAGAAAGCUUCACCUCAAAAAAGGAAAAGCCGCACCGGUUGGUGGGGCACCCGGUAUAACCAAAGCGGUUCUGACCAAGAUCCAGGUGUCUGAAAAGCCCCUCAUGUAUUUGCUGGAUACGCCUGGGGUGCUGUCUCCCCAAAUUGAGUCCGUUGAGACAGGGCUGAAGCUGGCGCUAUGUGGGGCAAUUCUCGAUCACCUGGUUGGAGUGGAGGUCAUCGCCGAUUAUCUUCUCUAUGUUCUGAACCAGCAGCAGCAGUUCAGUUACGUGGAGCAUUACGGGCUGAGUGGCCCCUGCGACGAAGUGGGGAGUGUGCUCAAAAGCAUAGCACGGCACCUGGGCAAGGUGCAAAAAAUUCAGGUCCUGACUGGCACAGGGAAUGUGAAUGUAUCGGUCCCCGAUUACAACGCGGCAGCCUGUGAGUUUAUCUACACGUUCCGUAAAGGGCUUCUGGGGAAAGUAAUGCUCGAUCAAGUGAGUGAGAUCCUUGAGUGACCUUGCUCUGGAGUUUUCUUCUGGAAAGUUCCAAGGAUCUACCAGGACCAGGAGUCCUCCGUACCGUAUCUUCAGGGGAUGGGCACCAGCUUGCCUUGGAUGACAAAGCAAUAGCUGGACAGAUCUAUUGUUUAUCUCCUAUUUUUUUAAAAAAAAUUGAAGCAGAUUGCAUUGCUUUGAUUCAAACCACAUAGGCCCUGGUUCACAAAUGCUACUAUUUUAAAACGAAAUUAAUACGUUGUUGCAAGUUAAAUGAUUGCUAUCCCAUGUUUUGUAACAGAGCUGUGUCCCAUAGUUUUGGCUUCCCUUUUUGGAUAUUAUGAAUAAACAAUUUAACUUUGCUCUUCCAUUGCUAUCGCACCAACGUCCCUCUUGCUAAGGAAGAAAGAACAGUAU